GUCCCUUAAAGUCUAAAAUGUUAUUUUGUUAUGAUUAAUAAUAGAGGUGUUACUGAUGAUUUGAUGUUUAUAUAACUUUGUAAUCGAAUUUAACUUUAACCCAACUUUAAAAUAAAUUUAAAAUUAGGUAAAAACUGACGUGAACAGUUGCACAUAACUCGAUCAUGACCUAAUAUUGCCUCAUGACCCAAAUGAAUAGUUGUAAUUGAUAUGAACUCCAUUUUAGGGUGUUCUCCAUCCAUACAAAGACUUGCUCUUAUUCCACAUAAGAACUUGAGAUCAUUAGGGUAGAAUCUGAGUAGAUGACCAUGGAUGGUUUAUUGGUAAUGGUAUGAGCUUCACUCAGAAAUUCCUCCAUUAGAGAAAACUCCAACACAGUAUCAAAUCCAAAAAUGGAGAUUCACUCAGAAAUUCCUCCAUUAGAGAACACCCCAACACCUUCCACCAUCGCAACCACCCAGCAACCCACAUCAAAACCCCAACCAAAACGCUUCAUUCGAAACCAAAUCCCGUCAUCAAUUCUCAACAAUCCUUCCUUAAACGCCGCAAUUUCUCUUCUUCCUUCCAAUUACAAUUUUGAAAUCCAUAAAUCCAUUCACAGAAUCCUCUCUCUCAGUUCCCCUUCUCCCCGUAUAGCUCUACAACUCCCUGAAGGUCUUCUCAUGUACUCACUUUCACUUUCUGACAUCUUCCACACUUUCGCUUCUGCUUCCGACGUUUUUAUACUAUCCGACGUUACGUACGGCGCUUGUUGUGUUGAUGAUCUAUCUGCUUCUGCUCUUGGUGCUGAUCUUUUGAUUCAUUAUGGUCAUAGUUGUCUUGUUCCGGUUGAUAAUACGGUUAUUCCUUGUUUAUAUGUUUUUGUUGAGAUUGGAAUUGAUGUUUCUAAACUUGUUAAAACCCUAGAAAUUAAUGAUUUAGGGAGCAAGAAUUUGGCUAUUGCUGGUACCAUUCAGUUUGCGGGUGCAAUUAGGGUUGCUAAGGUUGAAUUAGAGAAAUUAGGGUUUAGGGUUUUGGUUCCGCAAUCGAAACCUUUGUCUGCUGGAGAGGUUUUAGGGUGUACUGCCCCUAGGGUUUUGAAUAAGGAUGCAAAUGAAGAUUUGGUCAUUGUGUUUGUUGCGGAUGGGAGGUUUCAUUUGGAAGCGUUCAUGAUUGCCAAUCCGGGGGUUAAGGCGUUCCGAUAUGAUCCAUAUUUAGGAAGAUUGUUUUUGGAGGAGUAUGAUCAUGAGGGGAUGAAGAAUUCAAGGAUGAAGGCAGUUUUGAAGGCCAGAGAAGCUAAGAGUUGGGGGGUUGUCUUGGGGACACUUGGUAGGCAAGGGAAUCCAAGGAUUCUAAAGAGAUUGGAAAGGAAAAUGGAAGAGAAAGGGAUGUUGAAGACAAUUGUUUUGAUGUCCGAAAUAUCACCUUCUAGGAUUGAAUUGUUUGAAGAUUCCAUUGAUGCUUGGAUUCAAGUUGCUUGUCCUCGAUUAUCGAUCGAUUGGGGGGAGGCUUUUCAGAGACCCUUAUUGAAUCCAUUUGAAGCUGAGAUUGCUCUUGGAUCGAUUCGCGGUUGGUGGGAGAAAGACGAUGGCAGUAUUGGUAUUGAUUGUGGAAGGAAUGAGGUUGAAGGUUGUAGUUGCAAUGAUCAAACUAAUAAAGGUGGAAAUGAGAAUGGAGUUGAUUAUCCUAUGGAUUACUAUGCUCAAGAUGGAGGAGAAUGGAAUUCAUCUUACAUGAAAGGGAAAAAUCAUCCUACCCGAAGAAAUAUUCGAUCAAGUCCUAGCUUGUCCUGUUCAUAGCAAUAUGGAUAUGUUACACAGUUUCCUCUUGCAACUUUCCUUCAGGCAGAAGGCUAAGCAGUUUUGCACUUCAAGAGGAAGAGCCAACUUUUAACUUGUAAUACUCUUUUCUCUUUUCUUUGUUUGUUCAUUACUGCGAUUUAGAUUACUUGUUUCUUAAGUGAUUGUAUGAAUUGAAUGUAAGCUUCUAGUUUAUUAGGAAUGAGAUGGUGACAUUUGUGAUUCAUGAAUUAUUAGUAUGGUUUUGAUAUGCAAAGUAGUUAUUAGCUCUA